ACCAGCUUUCUUGUCUUUACGCUUUUGUUUCAAACUAACUGCCAACGCUAGUAACCUCUCUGAAUACCGUAUACCCCCUAUAGCUAGCCCUGUUGUUGACAGUGCAGCUACCUCUCUGUAAAUCCCUAACGAAAGCAAUACAGGAGACAAGGAUAUUGACACAAUGUCCGCAUACUUCAUACCCCGUUCCCGGGGCACGUCGACUCAGCAAUCACCUUCGCAUACAUCGGAGGCUCAAGUCUCUUCGAGUCGUCCCGAAGAAAGUGUCUUGACACUUGACCUUGAACGUUCGAUCUACCUCUUCCCCAAUCCUUCCUCUAUCCCGCCAAGUCCGAGUGGCUCCUCGGCUUACUCCGUUCCCAGCGAUUUCAGCUUCAGCUCUCCGGGUGGUUCUCGAGAACGGACCAUAAGCCGUAGUACAGAUGCCUCUGGUGAUGCCUACAUCAUUAACCACGGACGUCCAAGACUGCACAGUUCUUCCUCCUAUGCGUCUGCGUCGUGGCAGAAUAGCCCCCUUGUGCGCUCUUCUGCCGAUCUUGACACUGAGGUCGAACUUUGGGACUGGACGGAGGAGUUAAGGGAGGAGGUGGUGGUGGAUGAGUCGGAGUUGGAAGCUGCAGUAGAGCGUGCCAGUCGAUGGGAUAUUCCGUCACGACACUUUCGUGAUCAUCCACUCCGCACGAUUACAGGCCCAUCCCCUCCUCGAAUUGUACAGUUGGGGAGUUGCAAUGUCCGACUGGAUGGCACUCACCAACGGACCCGAACUCAGUCAAAUAUAAGCUUUGCAUCAUUAUCGUCCUUCAGCUCAUCUCCAUUUGGUGGUCCACCACAUCCUCGCAUUCGCAUUCCACUCCUCUCAUUCAUCGCAUCUUUGUUUGGGUUGGAUUUGGAUGAUCCUGCUCUUCGACUUCUUACAACGUCCUCUUCUGAUUCUGUACUCUUUCCCGGUCAAGGAUGUCUUGUCGGACUACAGGACUCUGAGAAACCUCAAAUGUCCAAAUGUAUUCGCAUUGAUGUUGUAGAUGAUGACACUACAGAAGAGAAGCCUCACGGGCUGUUGAAACUCUUCAUUCUUUCCGAUGACUCACGUACUACUCUUCAGAGUCUAAAGAGUGGCUUAGGGGCUGUCGCUUCGCCCAUCUAUUCCAUUCCGGAGACAAUUUCUGUUCCGACUUUCAGUAGUUUCUUCGGACUGUCACGAUUGGUUGGCGAUCUUUGGAGUAAAGGCGGGGAAGCUGUCCAGCAGCUUCGUGCACCAUCUUGAUAUUUUGUGUUUCUUUGUUUUGCAUUUGGUUUAAUUCGUUCGCAAUGCCCUUAAGACGACCUGUAGAAGUAUAGAAUAGUGUUGUACAUUUUCCGUGCAUUAUGAGUUCCUUGCGUUCGAUGUGAAACACGCAAACCCUCACCUACAUACGUACAUCAAAAUGUUGAAUUUCGAGUGUACGC